GUUUGUUGUAACUUGUGUUUGAUGAAACUGAACGACAAUAGCACACCGAAAAAGGUAGCGUUGACAAUGGCUUCUAUGCAUCUUGGGUCUUUCCCUGUAUCCUUUUCCGUUACUGCUGUUGGAAGUUGCGGGAGGAGUAAAAAAUGCGCCAAACAUUACAAUGCAAGUUUUUACAUGACAAAAGCUUCAUGGUAUAAAAUUAAGAAAAUUCAAAAUGAAUAUCGCGUCAUUGGGCAUCAGCAACUUUAUUUGAGGAAUCGUUAUAAAGGCAGUGAAGGAGUAUCCACAUGUGAAGAUUGUGCUAGAAGUUAUGUUGUGAAUGCAACUCGUGCAGAAUCAUUUGAAUCUGAAAAUCAAGAUCCUAGUCCUAAAAACUUUUGGGGCUCUAUCAAAGAUUUCUUAGAUGCUUUAUACAUGUUUAGCAGACCAUACACAAUGAUUGCCUCGGUAAUAAACAUAAUUUCCAUGUCUCUCCUUGUAGUGGAGAAAGCAUCUGAUAUUUCUCUCACAUUUUUUAUUGGAUUGUUGAAGGCUAUGGCAAUUAUCCUUCCUAUUACCCUUUAUGUUAAUGGCUUGAAUCAAUUAGUUGACAUUGAAAUAGACAAGAUGGCCAAGCUACCUCAACAACUUCAAGCUAUGCAAACUAAUGCCCCUCCUAUGCAACAAGUUUUAUCGUGUGAUUUUUGUGGAGGUGACCACCCUAAUGGUUAUUGUGCCGAAUCAUCUAAUUCCCAAGGUGAAGAAGUGAAUUAUAUGGGAAAGCAAGGGCGGCAAAAUUUCUCUCAACACCCGUAUCUGCAAAAUUCAAAUCAGGGGUGGAGAAAUAACUAUGGUGGAAACAAACAAGAUAUGAAUGCUUCAUCAAGUAGCAAGCCUCCACAUCAACACCAACACCCACCUUUAUAUGAGAGAACCACCAAGUUGGAAGACACACUGCAAAAAUUCAUGCAAUUGUCUAUGUCCAACCAAAAGAACAUUGAUGCUUCAAUUAAAAAUCUGGAGAUACAAGUGGGGCAAAUAGCAAAGCAGCUAGCAGAGCAGCAAAAAGGUUCUUUCUCAGCCAACACCGAGCAAAGCCCGAAGGGGCACUUGAAUGUAGUAUCUACAAGGAGUGGUCGGGAAUUUGUGGUGAAGGAGAGUGAGAAGAAGAAUGAGAGCGAAGAAAAAAAUGACAUGGGUGUAGAAGAUGAUGCUAGUGUUGAUGAGGAGAUCAUCUUAGAGGGCCCAAGAGUAUGGAGAAGGAGUGAAGGAAGAGCUCCUCACCAAAAAGAGGAAUACUUUGAAGAGGAGACCAUUACAUUGGAGGCGGGGUGUAGUGCUAUUAUUCAGAAGAUGUUGCCAACUAAAUCCAAGGACCCUGGUAGUUUCACUCUUCCGGUCACUAUUGGAAGUUUAGCUAUCGGGAAGGCUUUACUUGAUUUAGGGGCUAGCAUCAAUCUUAUGCCCUUAUCUAUGCUUCAGAGGAUUGGUGAUUUGGAGAUAAACAAGUCAUAUCUUCCAUUGCCAUCAAGGGGGUAUUCUUUUGCAAUGGGUGCCUUUAUUGUUACAUUAAGUUUGAUUAUGAGUUUUGGGCUUGGAUGGAUUGCAGGUUCACCACCAUUGUUUUGGAUUAUUUCCUCCCAUUUUAUUUUAGGAACUGCUUAUUCAAUCAACUUGCCUCUAUUGAGAUGGAAGAGAUCUUCAAUGCUUACAACCUUGUACAUUAUCUUUGACAAAGGAAUAUUGUUUCAACUUGCAUUGUUUCUUCACAUGCAGAUGUAUGUGUUCAAGAGGCCAAUUAUGUUUCCAAGGGCAUUGAUUUUUGCUAUAGUAUUCAUGAGCUUCUUCUCUAUAGUUAUAGCAUUGUUCAAGGAUAUACCUGACAUUGAAGGAGAUGAAAAAUUUGGCAUUCAAACUUUGUCAGUGCGUUUGGGUCAGAAAAAUGUAUUUUGGAUUUGUGUUUCACUUCUUGAAAUGGCUUAUGGAAUUGCUAUUCUAAUGGGAGCAACAUCUUCCUAUCUAUGGAGCAAAUUAAUCACGGGUUUGGGACAUAUUCUUCUAGCAUCAAUCCUUUGGUACCAUGCCAAGUCUGUAGAUAUCAAAAGUAAAGCAGCCACACAAUCCUUCUAUAUGUUUAUUUGGAAGAGUUACUUCUUUCAAUAG